AUGAGCGGCUACCCGGACGGCGAGGAGGACACGGUGGCGCUGCUGGCUCGUGACACCGGCGGCAGCAAGGAGCCGGAUCGGGGCAAGGAGGAGCUGAGCGCCGAGAAGGGCCCCGAGAAGCCGGACCCCUCGCAGAAGCCCCCCUACUCCUACGUGGCCCUGAUCGCCAUGGCCAUCCGGGAGAGCGCGGAGAAGAGGCUCACGCUGUCUGGGAUCUACCAGUACAUCAUCAGCAAGUUCCCUUUCUACGAGAAGAACAAGAAGGGCUGGCAGAACAGCAUCCGCCACAACCUCAGCCUCAACGAAUGCUUCAUCAAGGUGCCCCGGGAGGGCGGCGGCGAGCGCAAGGGCAACUACUGGACCCUGGACCCGGCCUGCGAGGACAUGUUCGAGAAGGGCAACUACCGCAGGAGACGGAGGAUGAAGCGGCCCUUCCGGCCGCCCCCGACCCACUUCCAGCCCGGCAAGACCCUCUUCAGCCCCGACAGCUACGGCUACCUCUCCCCACCCAAGUACUUGCAGUCCACCUUCAUGAACAACUCGUGGCCGCUGGCGCAGCCCCCCGCGCCCAUGCCCUACACCUCCUGCCAGAUGUCUGGCGGGAACGUCAGCCCCGUCAAUGUGAAAGGACUGUCGGGCCCGGCGUCCUACAGUCCCUACUCGCGGGUGCAGAGCAUGGCGCUGCCCAGCAUGGUGAACUCCUACAACGGCAUGGGCCACCACCACCACCCGCACGCCCACCACCCCCAGCAGCUCAGCCCCGCCAGCCCCGCGCCGCCCGCGGCCCCGGCGGCGAGGGGAGCCGGCCUCCAGUUCGCCUGCGCCCGCCAGCCCGCCGAGCUGUCCAUGAUGCACUGUUCCUACUGGGAGCACGACAGCAAACACAGCGCCCUGCACUCCCGCAUAGACAUCUAG